AUGGCUUUUGAACUAAACUUGAAGUCCUCUGCCUACCACUCCCGUUUCCAAACUCCUUUCAGGAGAAGAAGAGAGGGUAAGACCGACUACUACCAAAGAAAGAGAUUGGUCGCCCAACACAAGGCUAAGUACAACACUCCAAAGUACAGAUUGGUCGUUAGAUUCACUAACAAGGACAUUAUCUGCCAAAUUGUUUCCUCCACUAUCACUGGUGACAUUGUCCUAGCUGCUGCUUACUCUCACGAAUUGCCAAAGUACGGUAUCACCCAUGGUUUGACCAACUGGGCCGCUGCUUACGCUACUGGUUUGUUGAUUGCCAGAAGAACUUUGCAAAAGUUGGGCUUGGACGAAACCUACCCAGGUGUUGAAGAGCCAGAAGGUGAAUACGAAUUGACUGAAGCCGUCGAAGAUGGUCCACGUCCAUUCAAGGUCUUCUUGGACAUCGGUUUGCAAAGAACCACCACUGGUGCCCGUGUCUUCGGUGCUCUAAAGGGUGCUUCUGACGGUGGUUUGUACGUUCCUCACUCCGAAAGCAGAUUCCCAGGUUGGGAUUUCGAAGCCGAGGAAUUGGACCCAGACUUGUUGAGAACUUACAUCUUCGGUGGUCACGUCUCUCAAUACAUGGAAGAAUUGGCUGACGAUGAUGAAGAAAGAUUCAGAGAAUUGUUCAAGGGUUACUUGGCCGACGACAUCGAUGCUGACUCCGUUGAAGACAUCUACAUGGAAGCUCACGAAAAAAUCAGAGCUGACCCAUCUUUCAAGCCAACUGAAAAGAAGUUCACCAAGGAACAAUACGCUGCCGAAUCCAAGAAGUACAGACAAACCAAGUUGUCCAAGGAAGAGAGAAAGGCUCGUGUUGCUGCCAAGAUCGCUGCUUUGGCUGGUUCUCAAUAA